AUGGUCCAGAAUUUGCCGAACGUUUGUGCCUUCAUGCCCCAUAUUUGUGUCCAUAACAUCUCAGCCACCGGUGGCAGUGGCAUUUGCUGCCCUGCACCGGCUGGCUACACGGAGACCUGUGGGGGAAAUGGCAUCGGAAAGUGCUCGCAGGUUUACAUCCAAGCCGAUCAACUUCCGGCUCCCGAGCUAAGUCUAGAUGAUCGGAUGAACUGGCCGGAGAGGUUUUUUCGUCGGAUGUGCCGUUGCGAGGGCAACCGGUUUGGAAUUGCCUGUGAGCAGUGUUGGUUUGGCUGGAAAGGUCAAAACUGCGAUGAGCCCGAGCGUCUUAUUCGACGCAACAUAAUGUCAUUCAGUCGGAGAGAGUUAGAAAUGUUUGUCGAUGUUGUAAAGCAGAUGCCGAAUACGCCAACCGAAUAUAUGGUUCUCUUCGAGGCUGAUUCGCUACACUCGGACCCACUCUACAAACCCACAUGGAUUCCGGCUAAUCUACACUAU